AUGCAGCCUAAAAUAACCCCGGAGUCGGACAGCAACGCGGCGGAUAAAUCGUCUUCUCAUCGGCGCACUGCUGGUUCUGGUUGCUCAAGCUUCCCUGCGGCUUUCCGUCCAGCUGAUGUUACCCGAAGAUGGAGGGUGUUACUGCUGCUCAACGUGCUGGCGGUCGCAGGGUUCAUGACCUUCUGGGCCAAGUGCAACACCCGCAGCGUGCAGGCGGUCGGUCCGGAGGCUCCGGCUGACGGGAGGCGGCCCCGGGCCAACGGGACGGCGCAGGGGCCCAGCGUGAGCCACGAGGUGCUGCUGAAGAGGCUCAGCUCGCUGGAGGAUGUGGUGUACCGGCAGCUAAACGGUCUGUCCAAGUCCCUGGGCCUGAUCGAGGGCUUCGGCGGCCGCGGGAAAGGCGGCCUGCCCGCCACGCUUUCCCCGCUGGAGGAGAACGACGCCAAGUACCUGAAGGAGAAGUACGGCUACAACGCCUACCUGAGCGACAGGAUCUCUCUGGACCGGACCAUCCCGGACCACCGGCCCAACAAAUGUAGAAAAGUCAGCUACCCCCGAGACCUCCCUCAGAUCUCCCUCAUCUUCAUCUUCGUCAACGAGGCGCUGUCGGUCAUCCUGCGCUCCGUCCACUCGGCCGUCAAUCACACGCCGGCUCACCUGCUCAAAGAGAUCAUCCUGGUGGACGACAACAGCGACGACGAGCAGCUGAAGGGACCGCUGGAGGAUUACGUGAACAAGCGCUACCCUGGGCUGGUCAAGAUCGUCAGAAACCAGAAGAGAGAAGGACUGAUCCGGGCCAGAAUCGAGGGCUGGAAGGUGGCGACGGCGGAAGUUACCGGGUUCUUUGAUGCCCAUGUGGAGUUUACUCCGUCAUGGGCCGAGCCGGUGUUGGCCAGAAUAAAAGAGGACCAUAAGAGGAUCAUCCUGCCGUCCAUCGACAACAUCAAGCACGACACCUUCGAGGUGGAGCGCUACGAGAACUCGGGCCACGGCUACAACUGGGAACUGUGGUGCAUGUACAUCAACCCGCCCAAGCAGUGGUGGGACGAGGGGGACAUGUCCGCACCCAUCAGGACUCCUGCCAUGAUCGGCUGCUCCUUCGUGGCCAACCGGGACUACUUUGGGGAACUCGGCCUGCUGGACUCGGGCAUGGACGUCUACGGAGGGGAGAACAUCGAGCUGGGCAUCAGGGUUUGGCUCUGCGGCGGGAGCAUGGAGGUGCUGCCUUGCUCCAGAGUGGCUCACAUCGCUCGAAUGAAGAAACCUUACCACAGCAACAUCGCGUUCCACACCCGGCGCAACGCUCUGCGUGUGGCAGAGGUCUGGAUGGACGAAUACAAAUCCAACGUUUACCUGGCCUGGAACAUCCCCAUGGAGAACCACGGCAUCGACUAUGGCGACGUUUCUCAGAGGGUCGCGCUGAGGAAGAAUCUGCAGUGUAAGAGCUUCCAGUGGUACCUGGACAACGUUUACCCGGAAAUGAGGAGGUACAAUAACACGGUGUUCUACGGUGAGAUCCGUAACUCCAAAGUGAGCCACCUGUGUAUGGAUCAGGGUAUGAAGGAAAACCACACAGCCACCCUUCACCCCUGCCAUGGCUGGGGUCCUCAGUUGGGACGCUACACCAAAGAGGGUCAGCUGUUCCUGGGUCCGCUGGGCAGCACCGGAGACGACACGCGCUGCGUGGUGGACGACCAGAUCAGCAGCUUUCCCCAACUCCUGAACUGUGACAAGGUGACCAACGCCAAGCAGAAGACGUGGAGCUUCUCCCAGAACGACUCCAUCGUAAACCGGGCCACGGGUCGCUGUCUGGAGGUGGUGCCGGCCAACGUUUACUUUGGCCACCUGCUGGUCCUGCAGCCCUGCUCGGGUCAGAGGUGGACCAUCAAGAACGCUAUGAAGCAAUAGCCACCGGCGCGGCCCGUUUCCUGGGCUGCAAUUGGCUCAGCCUGGUCACAACGAGCCAACAAGACGCUGAACAGAAAUGUUUUAUCAAGACUUUGGGUGCCAUGAAGAUUAUCGUGAAUUAUUUUUUAUAAAAUGAACAUUCAGAAUGACAAACUAAGCAUGAGGACUGAUUCUGUCUGAUUUAUUUUGACUUAAUGUGUUGUUAUAAAUCCUGUGUGCAUGUAUGCGUGUGUGUGUGUGUGUGUGUGUGUGUGUGUGUGUGUAGGGGUGUGUGUGGACGUGUGUGUGUUACUGCUGUACAGUGCUUUGACGUUCAUGACUUGAGAUUUAAUCAACCAAAAAUGUUUGACAGGAAGCUAUGGAGCCGUCCUUCGUUUCGGUGCGUUUCUGCGUACUUCGUGCGUUUCUGUUUCGUUUUAAACUGGUUUGGAUGAGCAGCGCUGCAGAUUCUCUGAGGUUUUCCUCACAUUUCUGGCCACAUUUUCCCUCAUUUCACUGCAGUGAACAACAAUGUUUAGAGUUUUCUUUAGAUGACAGAAAAUAAAACAACAAAAAUUGCUCAAUUUAUUGGGUAAAAGUAACAUUUUAACAGCAAACAAAAACAAAGGCAGCACUCUGUGAUGUGCUGCCAUCAUAAUCUGAAAUAUCAAAAUAAAUAAAUAAAAAACUCAAAUGAAAGACUGGAAGAGAAGCUGGAGAAUUAUUGAUUUAAAACUUUUGCACAGCUCCUUAUGGCUCAUUUAAAUAUUUUAUUAUCUAAAUCUCUGCAAUACUCCAUUCCUUGUCAUGUCCUGUAAGGUGUUUUUAAAAAAGUGACGCUCUGUUCAGAAUGUAGUUACAGAAAUCCGUUAGUUGUUGUUCCAGAUUUUAGUGUAAAAAAGACGAGAUCCCAUCUGUGAUGAAAUAAAUCAAGUUACGCUCGUUAAUAAGCAUAAAGAUAUUUUUUACUUUUCAUCUUUAAAAAGUCUAAACCCUGUAAAUAUUUAUAAUUUGAAGAAUAAGGCACAAUAAGUGUUUUAAAAGCUGUCAAAAAAAUAAAUAAAAUAAUUUUAAAAAGUGCCAAGAGGACUAAAGAGAGAAGUGAACUUUCAGUCAUUUUACCUGGAGGCAUCCUGUAGCAACGCACAGGUUAGCGUGAAAACUUCAUGCUCAUUGGAGGAAAGUUGAGUUUGUUUGUUUAUCUGAGUGCCAAAACGAAUGAAGCACUUUCUCCAGACUGCAGCAGGAAGAUUGAUUUGCAAUCAAACGCAUCGACGACUUUCCAGGCUGAAAUUGUUCCGACUCUGAGAAGCGUGAUGUCAAAUAAUUCAAAUAAUUCAGUGUUAUUGGUUUGGUUUCUCAGAUUGUCUUCCAAUAAACAAAAUGGUUUCCUGGG